AACAAGCAAAUUCUAUUACUUCUUAAGUUCCAGUUCUGUUCACCAUAAACUUCUAAUUUGAUAAACCCGAUGUCAAAGACCGCUCACUUCGCACGUUUACCCUGGUACAAUAUUUGGUGUUCGCUUAACACCUAACAAGUUCUUCAAACACCAGCGAACUGUGUCUAAUACGGUAAAUUUUGAAAACUUGUCUGCAAUCUACAGAUGUUUUAGUUACAGUUUAGUUCGGAAAAUAUUUAAGUUUGAAGUGAAUGAAAUGAGAGGAAUUUAUGCACGGAAAAUGAACUCAGUUCUUGGUUUCAUCCUGCUCAUGCUACUAAGUGGACUGUAUGGAGAGAAAAUUCUUCAUCGAGAUAAACGGUAUCUGGUGUUUCCUUUUCAAGGAACAUUCAAAACAGUCUACAGUUUCGCAGUACCAUGGAAAUUGGGUCCAAAACAAGAAAUGGGCGUUGGGUGGAACUUCCAAUUUCAGUAUGCUUUACCAAACAGUACCGACGUUCUCACAAACUAUCCCCCAAGUAUUUCAAGAGAAACUCGAGAUAUUAACGACGAAGUGGUUUUGAGCGAUAGAAAAAUAUUUUAUGAUGGUGUAGAAAGUAUGCUAGACAGCCGGGAUAUCAACGGACGGGAAUGCCUGCUAAGAACCAUAUGUGAAAACCAAUAUUAUUCGCAUUUCGAUGAUGAAAGUGGAUUGUUGGGACAAAUUUUACAUGUUUUCCUCACGCCCAAUAGCAAAGAAGGUCCUGAUCCUGAACUAGAUGAAAUUUACUCAGACGCACAAAAAGCAGGAGUAUUCGGAGCCGAUUGCAGUACAGCGUUUCCAAAAUGUAACAUGGAAAGGAGUUUUUUCGACACGUUUGCAAUAUUUGGUCAAUAAAGUUCAUAAGGCAAUUUACGUAUUUCCAUUAAUUAAUGAAGGACAAAAAAAUUUAUUUAAUGAAACAAAAGUAAAAGCUGAAUAACUGUGCAGAAACAUCGACGUUAAUCGAAAAACAUACCACGCCUCGUGUGAAGCAAUGUGAAAGUCAACAAGUGCCUCAAAGGGCGUUCAAAAAGACGCUGAGCACCCAAACAGAUUAAUUCAGAUUGAGGUUCUUUGGUGAACACUUGAUUAGCAUACUUAUUUAUAGGAAAUAUUGACGAUACGCUUAUGUUUUCAGAGAAUUACCAUUAGCCCUGCAAGUAAGUUAACAGACAAGAAACAGAAACAUUCUGGAUUGAAAAAUAGACAAAAA